GCAUGCGCUGUACGCUUAACGGUCAUAUGACCGGUGACGUUUGUUUGAAACUUUUUGACCUUUUGAACUUUUUACCUUUUUAAUCACCAGGAACGUUUCAAAACUCCAUCCAGCUAAAAAUGGAUGUUUUUUAAAAAGGUAAAAGAUGCUGAACCAGGUCUGGAUGUGGAGACGUCCUGAGGGUGUUUUUAGAGUUUAGAUCUUUCAUUUCAGUUUAAGUCAAUAUCUGAACAAUAAGACUCUGGAUCAGGACCAAUCAAAAGUCAGGGAUUGUGGUGGAGGUCAGUCCGAGCCACAACCUGAGGAGACGACCAGACCAAAGUCAGGAUUUGUCUCGACACAGAAAAAAUGUUCCUGUCUUCACGUUGCUUUUGCUUCAUUUCCUCCCGUCUACUUUAAAUACACAAUUAACCCGUUUUGUUUUAUUGACCAACAACAAAAUAACGGUUUCAUUCAUAAAAUAUACGAUGGACACAACUGUUUUCAACCUUCAGAUAAAUGUAAUUUGGUUCCUCAAGCAAAAUAAAAACCAAAUAAAUUCACCUUGCUUAAUUUCCAGUGCUCACAUGACCUGAAUUAACCAAUGAGGGAAUCGUCAAAGAUCUAAACCCUGAUCACAAAACAGUUUUUAAAACAGGAAAUGUUUUAAAAUGUUUAAAAAAGCACUCGCAUGACAGUGUUGUGAAAAUGAUUUUUGUUCACCCUGAUCUGCGUAAACGAUUGAAAACGCAGUCAGGCCACUAGAUGGCGACGUAACUUCCUCUUGUUCUUCUGUUCGAGGUGGGGCAGCGUCGACGCAGCUUUCGCAAGAACUGCGUGUUGCCAGUUUCCACGGCAACGAUAAGGGUGGCGUUUUCGGAAGUUUGGGUUUUCAGGCCCUAAAACGUCAUCGUCGUGUGAACUAAACAAACUGUAACAAAGCCUCAUGGUUUUAGACAAAAAACAUGAAUCCCUGAUGAAUUUUAGCAUCGAUUUUACCCCAUGUUAUUUAUACCAUUUUAACCAUUCUAAGGUGGAAUGAACUGAUCAUCAUUUUAACAUAUAAAAUAAAAAUCUCAGGUGAACUGGAGACAGAUCAAAAGGUUUUAAGGAAGUUUGAUGUUUUAGAAAAGUGUGUUAUUUCUUUUUCUGUAGGAACUGUUGCAUGUGUGUGUGUGUGUGUGUGUGUGUGUGUGUGUUGGCUCUCUGCCUGCCUUGUGUGUGCGGCUGCUUCCAUGGAAUUCCUGCCAGGCGUCGAACACACCCACAGACACUCUCACAGGAGGAUUUGAAAACUGAACACCAGUGAUAAAAGAGAGACGGAGGGAAACACUCACACUCACACACACAUACACAGAGCGACGGACGGAUGAACGGAUGACUGAUGGAGAGAUGAAGCUGUGACAGGAUGAACGAGCGCCUGUUAACCACGCCCAUCGUCAUUAGCAACAACACCUCCAUGACGGUGGGGUUGGCGGCAUGUUUCCAUGACGAUGAUGCUUUCAAGUACCGCGCCUACACCUUCACCUACUUCCUGGUGUUUCCUGUGGCGUUUCUCUGCAACAUUGGAGCGCUGGUGGUUUUCUUCAUGCAGAGCAGCCGCAGGAACUCGCCCUCCUGCGUGGUCAUGAUGAACCUCGCCCUAUCAGACGGCAGCUUCUCCCUCACCCUCCCACUGCGACUGGCGUAUUACUUCAGGGGUGGAGUGUGGGACUUUCCUGAUUGGCUGUGCCGACUGUGUGUGUACGGCUUCUACGUCAACCUGUACACCAGCAUCCUCUUCCUCACUCUGCUGAGCAUACUCCGUUGGCUUGCCGUGGCCCAGCCCCUGCGUCACCGCUCUCUGGCCACGCCCACUCGAACCUUAUUGGUCUGUCUGGGAGUCUGGCUGUUUGUGGGCGUGUCCUCUGCACCCUUCCUGUCCAAUGGGAUAACAGAGAGGGCGGGGGUUCCUCGCUGCUUCGAGCCGUCGAGCCCUUCCUCAUGGGGGCGCAUCCUGAUCUUAAACUACGUGGCGUUGGCCCUGGGCUUCCUCCUCCCUUUCCUCACAAUCAUCGUUUGCUACAGCAGAAUCAUCCGGCGCCUGACAGCUCGCACCAGCCUCCAUGGCAGCAGCCAGUCCAGCAGCGCUCGACGUCGGAACAGACGGCGCUCAGUGCACCUGGUCACUAUGGUGACGGCGACCUUCCUGCUCUGCUUUCUGCCCUAUCACGUGAUUAGAUCGCUGCACCUGCACGCUGUUUGCGGCAGGUGGAACUGUGGCAUCGUGGUGGCGCUGCAGCGGGCGGUGGUGGUGACGCUGUGUCUGGCGGCAUCGAACAGUGUGGUCAACCCGCUGCUGUACUACUACUCCACCAGGACGUUCAGAGACAACAUGAGGGACGCUCAGUCCUCUCUUUUGUCCAGCAGGGGUGGAUCCUUCAGAUCUGGACUGGCUUUGUUGAGGAGGAGAAACACCACCUGAGACACCUGGAAGUCCGUCAUCAGUGCUGCAGUUGGGCCAGUAAAAAAACUCUUCACUUAUUCACUAAAAUCUUGUGCUGUUGGAAAACACAGCAUCAAGGAUCGUUAAAAUUAUCAGAAUUUUAAAAUUUAUUUUACAUUAAUUAUUUAUUGCAUUCUCCAGAAAUAUGAAGGUGUCACUUUUCCUACCUAAUAUUGGGAAAAAUGUUGGAAGCAAUAGUGGUCAUUCAGGAGGGUCCAAGGGUCAUCGAGGGGUCUGAGGGUUGUUGAGGACUCUGAGGUUUGUUGAGGAGUCAGAGGAUUGUUGAGGAGUCUGAGGGUUGUUGAGGAGUCCGAGGGUUGUUGAUGAGUCCGAGGGUUGUUGAGGAGUCAGAGGAUUGUUGAGGAGUCAGAGGAUUGUUGAGGAGUCUGAGGGUUGUUGAGGAGUCCGAGGGUUGUUGGUGAGUCUGGGGGUUGUUGAGGAGUCAGAGGAUUGUUGAUGAGUCUGAGGGUUGUUGAGGACUCUGAGGAUUGUUGAGGACUCUGAGGAUUGUUGAGGACUCUGAGGAUUGUUGAGGAGUCAGUGGAUUGUUGAGGGGUACAGUGGUUGUUGAGGAAGUUCAGGGGUGCUUUUCAUUACCUUGCUCCCUUCCUCUUUGGGCCCGCCAUCAUAAAGGACAUCUCAGCUCCCUUAUUACUGUUCAGAGGAGUGAGGAGGCUGCCCUGAAGAGGCUUGAGUGAGAAUACACAGAAGCAUUCCUUUGCAUUAGUCUGUAAUCCCUCUGUGCCACUGUCAUCAGAGCUGAUGUCUCUUCAGAUUACUAAAAAGGACAGGAUGUCUCAUUUCAUUAAAAAUAUUUUUCCUUGAUUCCUCCCUCCUCGUAUCAGUCUCCCUUGUGUUUAUUCAUGGGAGAAACCAAGAUGCGAGGAUGACACGGGUUCAGGGGUUGUUGGGAACUCCAGGGGCCAGAUGUACAAAAGACUAAGACUGAUUUGUUGACGCAUCCUUGUCAUCAGAUUUAUAAAAUAAUGCGUACGCAUAGUUCUGAUUAUAAAUUUCACAUCUGCACAUGUGUGAGCCUCAUUCCCGCUCCUACAGUUCAUCAAACAUUUGACGUAGAAAUACCCUUAAGCGUCCACCAAGAGGGAUGCACCGACUGAAUGUCUGGGCCGAUCCCGGUGUUUGAAUGAGCUCAAAAUCAAUCAUAGAAAUUUCUGAACCUUUAAUAUAACCUUCUUUCACAUGACAGUCAGAUCGCAAAAAUAACCAACACAACAGAUAAACACUGGCCACUGCCAUCAGUUAAUGUCAUUUUAUUUUCUGACUGGUCGACAGAAGAGGAAGACACAGGGGACACAGAAGAAUGUUUAAAAAAUAAUUUCACUGUGAUGUGGUUGAUGUGUCGUCUAGAGCUUUGAACUCUCUGCCAUGUUCUGUAGACUAACAGCGCCCUCUUCUGGUUUUGAUCAGAUUUUCUUUGAUACGUUUGACUGAAGGCAAACUGUAUUGUAUACUUUUCCUCCUUGUCAACAGAUCCCAUGCACAAUCAAACCAGCACUCACCAAAAACACAUCAUUGAUCCACACUGUUUCACUGGGUCUCAAACACAUCAUCCUGCUGCCCUCAUAUACUCACUAUGGCACCAAACUUGGAUUAAUCCACUGCUGAAACUAGUCCCCAAGAAAUUUCUUCCUGUUUGUUAUAAAAACUGCAGUGACCAGCUGUUUUAGGAAUUUUCAAAAACCUUUUUUUUUAACAUGAAGCUGUACAAGUGUUUUUAAAGAUUUGGUUUGUAGCUAAAAGUCACAAGUAGUAAACAUAAUGUUGGUUUGGGUCUUUUCAUUGGAUUUGUGUGUUUGUGUGUGUAGUUGUAAAUUUUUGUUGCGUACACACUUGAUGUCUUUUCCAGUGACAAUUAUUUGUUUACAUGUUUGUGCAUUUGGUAAAAAUAUUCGGAGAAGUUUCAGUCACGUAGAACGGAAACAUCUUCGUGUGAAGAUCCCACAGUCUUCUGUUCUGUUCUCUCCUCCUGCAUGGUUUUGUUUGUUUUUACAGUGUUGUAGAAAAAUGAUUUUCUUCUUCUUCUUGUUGUUGUGCGUAUAAAUCCUGAGUGGUUUGUUUCUUGAUGAAGGAGCCAGUUUAUAAACCAGAACAUGACACAGGAAACCAUUGACCUCAGAAACUAUUAUCCUGUUUAUAUCAUUCAGACGUUCAGAUGAGAAAUUAACAUAACAUGGCUAUAUAUAAAUAUAUACUUAACAAAUAUAUCUACAGACGUUUUUGUUUAUUAUUACAGUACGAAGGGUCAGGUUGGAGGGAAACACCCAUCGCCCCUCGUAGUGUUAUUUAUUUACACAAAGUUUAAGAUGAGUGUUUCCCCCUCUGACCUGUAGGGGGUGCAACUGCACAGCAGCUGUGAAAUAUAUUGUAGAUAAACUAAUAAGGAAGGUGAAUAAGAGACCUUCAUAAUUAGUUUAAAAAUACAAUUAAAUUAAUUAAAUAACUCAUUUCCAGGGCAAAAGUUAAAACAGAACAGUCUCAUGUACAUUUAAAGUACAUUUAAUCACUGUAUAUGAAUAUUUAUGUUUCAUGACUUUAUUCUUCUUCUCUGCUGCAUUUAUUUGUCAGCCACUGAUGGAGAUUUUAUAGCUGACAUCUAAUAAAAGCUUGAUAAGAUGCUUCACAUUGAACCACCCUGAGGUUAAAACAGUACAAUCGUUUGGCCUGAGAGACUUAAAUAAUCAGCAUUUAAAGUAAACUUCAAACUGUGCCUCUAGUUUCAACGAGUCCUGAUAAUUUGAUUUCACGACGCGACCGUUUUUAUUCCUUACACUAUGUUAAUGUUUAUAUAUUAAAUUAUGUUCUAUUUGAUAUUAAAAAGAUCUGAUACGUGGCAUUUUUCAUUAUAGAGUCAUUUUAAGUUUGUUUAAAAUCAUGAGUUCAGUCAAGAAAUGCUGGAGCUUGGACGUCACAAAGGAGUUGACUGGAUUCCAGUGGGUUCGUUUAUUCAGUGCAGGUUAGCCAUUGUUAGCAGCUGUUAGCAUUACCAGUCAAUAACAUGCAGUAUUUUGUGCUUCUAAUUCUAAAUUGUAAAAUAUUAUGUCAAAAAUGUGAUAUAAAUUCUCAACAUUCUCAUUUUAUUUCAUGUUGUUUUGUGUUCUGUCCACAUGGGGGCAGUAGUAUGAACCUAAAACAACAUUUCUCUUUAAAACUUUACUUCAUGCUAUUUAGUAUUUAUAAGCAGGGAACAAACAUUUAAUAAAUGCACUGCACUAAAAUGUAGUUUCUAAAGAUAUUAGAACAUUUAAAAUGUUUUAUUAAUGUUCAGUAUUUGUUCUAACUUCACCUGUGAAAACAUAUUUUACAUCAUUACAGCUGUGUUUUACCAUGAUAUUGUUCAUUAUCAGCAGCCUCCACUUCAGAGUGUCCAGAUACAUGAAUAAACACUUGUUUAUAGUCGUUAGUAAACCAGUUAUUUCAUGUUUAUAAACCGAUCACACAUGGUAACGUCCUGCUGUAAUGUGCUGCAGUGUCCAGCAGAGGGGGCAACACCUCUCUGAACCUUCACACACAUUAACAUCAAAGUGCUGUGAAUUGUGGGUAUUUCAUUUCUCAACAUGUCAGUCUGACCUCUGACCCCUGACCUCCUCCUCACAGCUGAGCCCCCCCCCC